CAGAAGCAGCAGAACAGCAUCAACAUCAGAAGAUCGUUGGGUGUGCCUCUCGACGAACGAAUCGACAGCGACAGCGACAGCGACAGCGAAAUCUGCAUCUACAACAGAGGGAACAGCUAGAUUCGUGUUUUACACAAACUAAUUGCAAGACUUAAGACAGAAGCUGGAACGUUGCAGCAGGCCGCCGCAGCUCUGCCAAUGUCCACAAUUUAAAUGCCACAGCAGCCGCCACGUCAGAAGCAGCAUCCAAAGAAGCAGCAAGAGCAGUCCUCAGCCGCCCGUGUCGUUGUCGUCCCUUCUGGUCACCAGCAUCUGGCAUCAGCACCAUUUGCCAACGAGGUGGAGCUGGAGCGCAUUCGUCAGUGAAGCCCCACAGCAAAGUGCAAGAGAGAAUAUAUUUAGAGAAGGAACACAAAAAAGCCAACCAGAAGCCAUGGCCCACUCCAAGGUGAUACUGAAGAUCCUGUUCUCGCUGUGCGUGUGGUCCUUUGUUAUCAUUGGCCUGUUCAAGAUGCACGGCACGAAUCUGGUGCCGCAGGAGUACCAGCAGGUGCCGCUCAGUGGCCGGAUAUUGCUGCAGAAGGACAUGCGGUAUGCGGAGACGACAUCCACCACAACGGAUCACUUUGAUCCCAGCGAGAUACUGGUGGACAAUCGCACAGCCAUGGACGAUGAUCAGCUGGUGAGGGAUGUGGAGUCGCGGAUACCCUCGCUGCCGAUCGCCUACUGGAGCAAGAACAAGAACUUUCUGCAGCAAAAGUCGUCGACGUGCGCCAAGUACCCGUCGAUCUUUGAGCUGGAGUUCAACAACAUCUACUGGCAGACGCUGCGCACCACGAACGGGACGUUCCAGCUGUUUGGGGCAUACUACGACAUUCGUCGCACCUCGCUGCUGGGGCCCACGGUGCGGAUACUGGGCAUGAUCGAUCGCAUUGAGCCCAAGGUGAAGACCUACUGCCAGUUCUGGUUCGACGGCCAGAAGGAGCCGUUCAUCGUGAAGACGUUCGAGUACAAGUACAUUUGGUACAACAAGUGGGGCAACUACAAGCAGGGCAUCUACCAGCCGUAUCUGAUUGCCUGCCAGAUUCCCAAGCCCUUCCACGGCGUCGUGCCCAGCUCCGUGUCGAUGGUGGAGAAGGAGUGCGACACGGCCACGAACAAUCUGCGUGUGAUCUACAACCGUCCGCCCGAUGACCAGAAGAAGGGCUUUGCGGUGUGCGUCAAGGGUCUGGACUUCCUCUACGACGAUCUGAGUGUGCGCCUCAUCGAAUGGAUCGAGAUGCUGAACAUACUGGGCGCCGACAAGAUCUACUUUUACAAUCUGCAGGUCCACCCGAACAUCACCAAGGUCCUCAGCCACUACGAGCAGGAGGGCAAGGUGCAGGUGAUUCCACUCACACUGCCCGGCGGUCAGCCGAAUGUGCCCGGCUUCCAGCAUCUGUACCUCACGAAGAAGACGAACCACAAGCGGCAGAACGAGGUGAUACCCUACAACGAUUGCCUGUACAAGAACCUCUACCUGUAUGACUACAUUGCCCUGCUGGACAUCGACGAGGUGAUCAUGCCCAAGGGCAACGCCGUCCUCUGGUCAGAGCUGAUGGCGAAGGUGCGCCCGGAGUCGCGCAAGUUCAAGCCGGACGGCUUCCACAGCUACAAUUUCCGCAACGUGUACUUCCUGGACGAUCAGCAGCACGAGCAUGGCUGGCACAAGGACAUCCCCAAGUAUAUGCACAUGCUGCAGCACGUCCACCGCGCCAAGAACUACACAAAGCCCAAUCAGUACGUCAAGUGCUUCCACGAUCCGGAGCGCGUGCUCACCCUCCACAAUCAUUUCCCGCUUAGCUGCCUCGGCGGCGUCUGCAAGUCCUAUCCCGUGGAUACGCAGGACGCCCAGCUUCAGCACUAUCGCGCCGAUUGUGUCAAGACGCUGAAGAAGAGCUGCGAGGAGUAUCGCGAGAAUUCGGUGGAGGACAAGACCAUCUGGAAGUACAAGGACGAGCUGAUUCGACGCACCAUUAAGGCCCUCGAUACGCUGGGAUUCUUCCGCCGCAGCGGCCUGGGCUCUGGCUCGGGCAGCAGCAGCGGCCUUGGGGCCACCACACACUCGACGGAGCGGUGAUUCGGACUCCUCGGCGGCGGUGGCUAUGGCGGUGGCUGGUCCUGGCCCUGGAUGCCGCAGGCAACGCAGUACGUCGAGGCCGCCGGUGGCGACAGUAGUCUGGGUAACGAGGAGUUCUUUGUCUAAACUGUGAAAGGACAAAGGGAAGACACUCGUACUCGUGUCGAUCGCAUCUAUUCGGAUAUCGGAUAUACAAAAUUCGAUGGUUAGAUGUUGAUUUUGCGUUCCUGAACCCCCGUCCUCUGGCUUCUGUGUGUUGUUUUUUUUUUUCGAGCUCGAUUUUAUCUGUAUUUCUGUAUUAUAGAAAGGGUCCUCUCCCACACACAAACACACAUCACACCCCAUCUACAGAGCCCCCUCCUUUGUCCCUCAGACACAGAUCUAAGUUUAGUUAUAGUUAUAGAUACAAUAUGCUCGUAAUGAAGCGAGAGAGAACGGAGCGAAACACUUUUGAAAUUGUGCCUUCAACACCCUGAAACCCAACAGUCCUGGAUCCGUGGAUCACGGGACUCGCUUCCCCCAACUCUGGAGAUUUUACACAAAAGACACGUCACAAAGGACCCCCCUGUCCUGCCACACUUUACUCACAUUUUUUAAGGCUAUUUCACGAGUUCCACAGAAAACAGAAGCAGCAGAAAAUGCAGAUGGAAAACUUAAGAGAAGAGAAAUGGAAGAAAUUGAGGAAAAGAAAAGGAAAGGAAAAAAAACCUAAACUAAGUUCAAGACUGAUGAUGUUUAUUGAUAAUUAAAUGAAGAAUUUCAUGAACAUUUGUUUUCACAUUCGGAUAGAAUCGAUAUAAUUGUUGUUGUAUAGGCAAUUAAAGGGCCACACACCUUAUAGGAA